AUGGGUAGCCAUCGCGAGGCGAGGCCAGGCCGUGGUCCCGGCGGCCGUUCCAGGGUAUUGGGUCCCCAAAUCGCCCUUAUGAAAGAGACCAUUGCCGAGUGCGAUGCUUAUUAG